AAAGUAUCACAAGCAUUAGGUGGCCAAAUUGCGCCUGAUCACCUUAAACUCGCAUUCUCUAUUUUAUCCACUUAUCCAUGCGCAUUUCUGUUUAAAAGACUCGGUUCAUCUUUUCUUAAACACACAUUUUCUAUUGUCUAUACAACAUGGAUCAUGUUGUUUGUCCUUAGACUCACUUUUGGGUUUAUUCAUAUCAUAGCUAUCUCUACUUUGACUUAUUUGAUCUGUACCUAUUUGCCACCCACAACUACAAUGGCAUGGACUAAUUUUGUUCUUGUGAUGGCCAGUAUGUCUUUAUGUCAUAUUCACCGUCAGAUGAAAGGGAUAGAGGGCGACACAGAACUAGACUAUUCAGGGGCUCUGAUGAUCCUUACGAUAAAACUCUCCUCAUUUGGAUUCAAUGUAUUGGAUAACUAUUCAACAAAUCAAAAAAGAGCUUCACCACACAUUGUUCAGUUUUAUGGCUGGGCUCUGUUCUUUGCUGGAUUCUUGGCGGGUCCUACAUGUGAAUACAUGGACUAUGUUCAGUUUGUUGAAGCCAAUAAGGCACCCAAGGAUUCACUUAAACCUGCACUUAAGCGGUUAUGUAAAAGCUUCUUGUUUAUUGCUGCAUUGAUCUACUUGGCUCCUACAUACAACUACUUUAAUGCAUUAAAGCCAAGUUUUGCUCAUCUCUCUUUUUGGAAAAAGAUCUUUUUUAUUCAACUGUCUGCUUUUCUGACACGCUGCAAAUACUACUGUGUCUGGUUUUUAUCCGAAGGUGCCUGUAUCUUGUCUGGCUUUGGGUUCAAUGGUUAUGAUUCACAGGGACAGCCUCGCUGGGAUAGACUGAAUAACGUGAAUGUGUUAUCGUGUGAAUUUGCUCAAUCGUAUAAGCAACUUUCAGAGAAUUGGAAUAUGGGAGCCAAUCGUUGGUUAAAGCAGUAUGUCUAUUUAAGACUGAAGCCUGGAUCAACAAGUACUACAUUAAUCACCUAUAUUGUGUCGUCUGUAUGGCAUGGAUUUCAUCCUGGAUUUUAUUUGUUCUUCAUGACAGCUUCUGUAUUGCAAUUAGUGGCCAGACAAGUACGUAGAACCGUGCGUCCGUUGUUCUUGACAGCACAAGGGGAGCCUGUUCCUUGUUGGAAAUCAGCCUAUGAUGUAUCUACCUGGCUUGUUUCUAUGGGCUUGCUUAAUAUGAUGGUACCUUGCUUUGAUCUGUUGUAUGUGAGCCGUAUUUUGCAUGUAUGGCAUCAAGUUUAUUAUUGCCAUUUUAUUGUGAUUGGUGUAGGUAUCUUGGUAUUUCAGCUUAUAAGGCCAUGCUUGAUAAAAAAGAACAAGAAAGAUUAGGGCCUCUUGCUCUUGAUCAUAACCAACGAUAAGAAAGUAAAGAUAAUAGUCAAACCAACAAUCAUGAUCAAUAAAGGGAUCUUGAUGGCAUAUUGCCAUGCAGGGAAAUAGUUGUGCAAGAAAUGACCUUCAUCUACAAAGGGCUGUCAUCAUCAGUCUUAUUUUUCUAAGAAGUUCAUAUACCAUCAACAGAAUCCAAGUAGAGUAAUACACAAACACAACAACGACUGCAAAAAAAGACGCAGCUCCUACGGCUUUAUCUGUUGGCUAUAUGAACAUGAGUCUAUGAAUGCUUUUAUUGUUGUUUACUUGCCAUUGACAAAAAGAAACAAAGUUUAUAUAAAUAUAAAGUGACAGUCAUUUUUUAAUCAACAUUCUUCUUUUUUUCUUUUUUCUUCUAAUUAAGCCAUAAUGACCAGAGCUACUGAAGCUUAUACCUUGGGUGCUAUUGUACUCGCAUCAUAUAUUGUU